GACGACCAAUCGGAUUGUGGGGUUUGUUCACGAUGUCCGCGGCGUUUCACUGCGGAGACUUUUAUGUUGUGCUAAUAUAAAGUAUACUUCGUUAGGUUUGUCGGGCAACUCUGUCUUAAACAGGCCAAACCAGAAAAGGAGACAGGACUCGUCUCUGAAAUGUAGCCAGGGGGCUGGCGAUGUAGCGAGCAGCGAGAGAAAGCUUCCGUUAUUAGCCAGCUAACCUCGGCUAGCCAGGUCAGCUAAGCGAAGCUGACUGGUUCCAAAAUAAAACACCAGCUUAACCAGUUUCAUGAUUCUUGCACCAUAAGCUGGUCUUAAAGUUUCACCAUGCCGGACAUAAAAGUAACGCCUCUAGGCGCUGGACAAGACGUUGGGCGCAGCUGCAUUCUGGUUUCUGUUGGAGGCAAAAACAUAAUGCUCGACUGUGGGAUGCACAUGGGAUACAAUGAUGAUAGACGUUUUCCGGACUUCUCCUACAUCACCCAGAACGGACGUCUCACAGAUUUCUUGGAUUGUGUUAUCAUAAGCCAUUUCCAUCUGGACCACUGUGGUGCUCUUCCCUACAUGAGCGAGAUGGUGGGCUAUGAUGGACCCAUCUACAUGACGCAUCCCACAAAGGCCAUCUGUCCCAUCCUGCUGGAGGACUUCCGCAAGAUCACGGUGGACAAAAAGGGCGAGACCAACUUCUUCACCUCACAAAUGAUCAAAGACUGCAUGAAGAAAGUGGUGCCACUGAAUCUCCAUCAGACUGUUCAGGUGGACGACGAGCUGGAGAUCAAAGCGUAUUACGCAGGUCAUGUUCUGGGGGCAGCCAUGGUGCUAAUUAAAGUUGGCUCAGAGUCUGUUGUGUACACAGGCGAUUAUAACAUGACACCAGACAGACACUUAGGCGCUGCUUGGAUUGAUAAAUGUCGUCCAGAUAUUCUGAUCUCUGAGUCCACCUAUGCCACCACAAUCCGUGACUCUAAGCGGUGCAGGGAGAGAGACUUCUUAAAGAAAGUCCAUGAAACCAUUGAGAGAGGAGGGAAGGUCCUCAUUCCGGUUUUUGCCUUGGGGAGAGCUCAGGAGCUUUGCAUUCUUCUGGAAACGUUCUGGGAGAGAAUGAAUUUGAAAGCACCCAUAUACUUUUCCACCGGCCUCACGGAGAAAGCCAACCACUACUACAAACUCUUCAUUACCUGGACCAAUCAAAAGAUCCGCAAGACCUUCGUCCAGAGGAACAUGUUCGAAUUCAAGCACAUCAAGGCCUUUGAUCGCUCCUAUGCAGACAAUCCAGGACCAAUGGUGGUAUUUGCUACUCCAGGAAUGUUACACGCAGGCCAGUCUUUACAGAUAUUCAAGAAGUGGGCUGGCAAUGAAAAGAACAUGGUCAUUAUGCCGGGGUACUGUGUGCAAGGAACAGUGGGUCACAAGAUUCUGAACGGUCAGAAGAAGCUUGAGAUGGAGGGAAGAGCCACGCUGGAGGUGAAACUGCAGGUGGAGUACAUGUCCUUCAGUGCCCAUGCGGACGCUAAGGGCAUCAUGCAACUGAUCCGCAUGGCUGAGCCACGCAACAUGCUAUUAGUGCAUGGAGAGGCCAAGAAGAUGGAGUUCCUCAAAGACAAGAUUGAGCAGGAGUUCAGUAUCAGCUGCUAUAUGCCAGCUAAUGGAGAGACCACCACAGUGACAACCAACCCAAGUGUGCCAGUGGACAUCUCUCUCAACCUACUGAAGAGGGAGAUGGCCCUUGGAGGUCCGUUACCCGACCCUAAGAAGCCUCGCACCAUGCAUGGAACUUUGAUCAUGAAAGACAGUAGUCUGAGGCUGGUUUCUCCAGAGCAGGCUCUAAAGGAAUUAGGUCUUUCUGAACAUCAGCUGCGGUUCACCUGCCGUGUGCACCUGCAAGACCCUCACAGUGACUCGGACACGCUCUCCCGCAUCUACAGCCACCUCAAAAGCGUGCUCAAAGGCUAUGCUGUCCAGCACCUCCCCGAUGGCACCGUUAUGGUAGAAUCCAUCGUCCUCAAAGUGUCCUCGUCUGGUGAAGACCCCAAUCUCAAAGUCAUUCUGCUCUCCUGGAGCUAUCAGGAUGAAGAACUGGGGAGUUUCUUGUCCAGCCUGCUUAAAAAAGGGCUUCCCUCAGGACUCUGAUUCUACUGUAAAGAAAAGCUUUCACUGCUGUUGUUGCAAAUGGAUUCAGUAAACCUUUUGUAGAAAAAUAUUCCUGCCCAAGACGCAUAAACUCUACAUACUCCACAACUUUAUACCUACAACUCUACGCCUUGCUCUUCCACACACUGGUCACUUUAUGAGCUCCGCUUACUUUAUACGUCCAUUAUGAGGUGUAUAGUUACAGGCCAUCUGUAGCCCUGUUCACUGGUCAGUUUCGGAGAACAGAAGUACUGGUGACCCGAGUGCUGAAGAAAUAUUUACAACAGAAUUUUUCUUCAUAUUACAUUAGAAAAGUCACAUUUGCUGCUAUUUUUCAUGACAGUACCUCUGCAAACUAGGACAAAACACUAACCACUGAUGCACAAUGGUGUGUACGUUCACCAUGCUCUGUGUUCACAGCUGGUGCUUGGGUGGUGUGCCAGGUGAGAGGGCCGGGUAUCAAAGAUACUGUUAUGCAACCAAUCAGAUGAGUUCAGCACUGCUGAGUAUCAAAAAAUUCUCCAACGUUCAACACAAAAUACACACGUAGUUGAUCUUAACAGCAACAGUAAUCAUGACCGAAAUCUAGACACAUGAUUGGCUGUUGAAAUGGCGUGUCAUAAGCAUAUUGGUAAUAUCAGCCAUCUGUUUUAUGAAAUAUAAGUACAAAUACAAACAGCAUCACUCUCUGAACACCCAAACUGCACAAUCUCAAAUUACAAUAGAGGAACUGGAUGUUAAAGCCAAAAAAAUUCAUGCUAAAAAUAUAAUUUAUGCCAAUAGAGUACAUUAAAUUGACUUUUUAUGGAAA